AUGAAGAAAUUCUGCUUCAUGCAUACUUCUGAAACUGCAAGGUACGCUUCUAUUUCGUUGGGAGACACCCGGCGACGUUCCAAGUGCCCCCGUAAGCUGUUGAGGGCGUCUGAGGUUGGUACACUAGGGAAAAGUGCGGAGACGUCGAAUGAAACUAACCCUAGUGUACCAACCUCAGACGCCCUCAACAGCUUACGGGGGCACUUGGAACGUCGCCGGGUGUCUCCCAACGAAAUAGAAGCGUACCUUGCAGUUGCAGAAGUAUGCAUGAAGCAGAAUUUCUUCAUUUUCCGGGGUAAGUUUUUUAAACAAACCUUUGGCCUUAGCAUGGGCAGCAAAUUAUCCCCACUUUUGGCUGAAAUUUUCAUGAGCGACUUGGAAGCAGAUUUGGAGAAAAGAGAAAGACUUUUCCCACGUGUCUGGUGGCGCUACGUCGAUGACAUCCUUGCCUCGGUAAAGGAGCCUUAUCUCACGCAGACUUUAGAGCUUCUAAACUCCAAACACAGUUCGAUAAAAUUUACUGUAGAGAAAGAAAUUGAUGGAAAACUCCCUUUCCUUGACCUCUUAAUCUCAAGGAAAGAGGACAACACCAUAAAAUUCGGAAUAUAUCGGAAACCAACCUCAACCGACCGAUACAUAACAGCCGAUUCCAACCACUUUGGUGCGCAAAAACAAGCCGCUUUCCAUUCCAUGGCGCACCGCCUGUACAAUAUCCCAAUGGAAAAGGCAGAAUUUGAAGAGGAAAAGCAUAAAAUCCUUGAGGCGGGUUUUUUGAACGGUUUUGACAACGAAUUUGUCCUCAAAAUUCUCCGGAAACAUGCCAGAAAAAAGUACCGAAGUGAUGCCACCACCUUUAGGCCAGAGAAAGAAGAGCCCUAUAGAGUUAGCCUGCCGUUCCACUCUAAACUAACUAAUGGGAUAACAAAAAUUCUUUCUCAACCUGGUCUGAAAACGGCAUACAAGAGCGGCAACACGCUUAAGGAUCGGUUGGUCUCCUUGAAGGAUAAGAUCCCGCAAGAUGAGAGAUCCGGAAUUUAUGAAAUUCCCUGUGAGAGUUGCUCAGCUGUUUACAUUGGCCAAACUCGUCGUAAAUUUAAAGUUCGACUUAAAGAACACAGAAACGCUGUAGACAACAACAGGGCCAAUGAAUCUAGCGUAUCCACCCACGCAACGGAAAUGGGUCACUCCAUUAACUGGGAAAAAGUGACCUAUAAGAAAUGUGUAAGAAAAGCCUCACAUUUGAACGCAUGGGAGUCGAUGUUCAUUAGCACUUCAGAGAAACCGCUAAUGAAUGAAGAUGACCCACCAAUUAUGUCGCCGGUUUUCACCUUCACCAAAAGAAAAAUUUAA